AUGAACAAUGCCACGAUCCCUGUACCAGAGACGAGUGGCACGUCCAAUGCGACUAUAAUGGCUUGUAAUGCCAUUAGUAUCGCUGCAUGUGCUUCUACACUUGCACUCUACUUUACCCUCUUGUCAACUUCAAAGUACAGACGGCUUAUGCGACGCACCAGUCUCGUCCUCGCUGCGUGCAUGGCCUCAUCUGACCUUGUGUUGCACUGUGCGAAUCUCGCUGGAUAUGGGCCACUCCCUGAAGGGUUUCUAUGUGCCUGGGUCGGAGGAUUCUUAUUCGCUGGACCUUCAAUGCUCUCCAUAUUCUACUCGUGCUGUAUUGCGCUCAACUCGCAACUCGCCUUUGUCUUGCAUCGACGACCAUCUGCGCGUGCGCUGAAAUAUUAUGUCGUCUUGCCGUUUAUCUUAAUGAUGAUCAUCUCUUGUUCGGCUCUCGCCACGGGCUCCUUUGGAUACGAUCAAUCGUGGGGCUAUUGCUGGUACAACACCGUCAAUGUUCCACCAGACCUCGUUCUCAUUCGUAUCAUUUUCACAUACUCACUCCCUACUUUGCUCUGCAUCCUCUACUUGGUCUUUGCUACCAUCACCAUCACCUUUGCCGUCUUUGGCAAGUAUGGGCCCUUUCGAUACCGAGACGGUUCUCCCUCGCCAUCUUCUCCACGGAGACCCUCUACUGAGAGAGCUGUGGGGGAUUCUGCGCGCAGAAACGCUCCCAAACCCAGUCCUCCUCCCGUGGCGACCUCUGGAGGCGCAAAGCCAACCGCAGAUCCGACAAGGGUUGACGAUGCAGGAUGUGAUAAGGGGCCUAAUGAGAGACCCUCGAUCGCCGGAAGCCCUCUCUACCCGAUCAAUGUCUACCCACCGACUUCGCCCGGUGUCACACCUGACACGGACGUCGACGCACGCUCAUCGGAACACCACACUUUUCCACCCCUCUCCGUCUUUGCACUCCAACAGGACGGCAAAAUACUACGCGCACCACACAAAGGCAGUCAACGAGGGUUGCUGGCAAUGCUAAUCAAGAGCAAGAUGGCGACUGCUCAUUCUCAGGAUGCUUCUUAUAUCAAAGAGGCCAAGCACGCUCCAGAGGACACAAAGGAUAGUGCAAGCGUACGCGUAGGAGGAGCACCAAAGACGUCGAUGAAGGAUGUUGUGGUACGGCAGCUGACAUUCCGCUUGAUCGGGUACAUCGUCGCACCCAUCUUGUGCCUUCUCCCCGGAAUCAUCCUCGACCUCGUCGCCAAAGUCUUUCCAAAACUCGUCGUCCCGAGCUCGCUAAACGGACUCCUCGACGGUUUAAACGGCCUCAUUGGCCUCUUCAACUCUAUCCUCAUGCUCUCUGACCCGUCUCUCCUCGCCGUAUGGAACGACGUGCGUGUCCGGUCAGCUAGACAGUUUAAUCCCAUUCGACGCGUCCUGGGUUUGGGUUCGCGGAAUGGCGAGCGGAUUGAAGAGGCAGCUGAAGCCGUGGAUGACUCUCAGAGGCAGGCAGAGGCAAGAGUUGCAGUCGACAACUCGAUAUUUGCGAGGACACGUCGGGAUGAAGAAGAGGGAGAAGAGUAUGAGGAGGCAAAGGCCGAAGACGCAAACGAGAGUCUCCAGGUCAAUGUCGAAGAACAUAAACGGGGCCGCUCGCCUUUUGCGAAAAGAGGUCGACCACGAGCACCGUUGCAGGUCCAUGUCCAAGUCAACGUUACGCAGCGCGUAAUGAAGCGGCAGUCUCGUGUCGAGCUUAUGGAGAACUGGUUAUCCGGACUAUGA